CCGUGUGGGGCCGGGGCCGGGCGCCCCGGGAGCCGCCAUGCCCGCGCGCCUGCCGCCGGCCGUGCCGGGGCCAGGGCCGCCCGCCACCUCCUUGCCCCGCUGAGGCCACGGGGCUGCCGCCACCGCUGCUGCCACCACCCCGCAGAUUUCGGCUCGGCGAGGGGACCCCGGCUGCGUCUGCCAUGGUGACAUGAAGCGGGCAGCGAGGGAUGCCGGACUGCUGGAGGGGAGAGAGCCUGCACGGGCGGCCUGACGGUGCUUUAAUUUAUUAGUAGCGUUCGAUUUCGUUUUGCCUAUUUUUUUGUUGUCGGUCGAUUGCUUCUUCCCCUCCCCGAGGCUCGUGAGGGGAGGGGCGGGCAGGGCAGAGGGGCCCCACCUCGCCCCGCGGAUGCAAGGAUGACUGUGGUGGCCAGGGCCCGACGGGGUAUCCGGCAGCUCUCCCCGCAGGUGGUGCUGCUCCUGCUCUUCGCCUUCUGCCUGCUCAGUGUUUUUGUCUCUGCAUAUUAUUUAUAUGGGUGGAAAAGGGGCUUGGAGCCCUCUGGGGACAUGGUGGGGCCAGACUGUGACGAGCCCAAGGUUGCCCCUUCCCGCUUGCUGCCGCUGAAGACCCUCAAGAUCGCCGACUCCUCGCGCACAGACCCCUUGGUGCUGGUCUUUGUGGAAAGCCUCUACUCACAGCUAGGCCAGGAGAUUGUGGCCAUUUUGGAGUCGAGUCGCUUCAAAUACAGGACAGAGAUUGCCCCAGGGAAGGGCGACAUGCCCACGCUGACCGACAAGGACCGGGGACGCUUUGCGCUCAUCAUCUACGAGAACAUCCUCAAGUACGUCAACCUGGACGCCUGGAACCGGGAGCUGCUGGACAAGUACUGUGUGGAGUACGGCGUGGGCAUCAUUGGCUUCUUCAAGGCCAACGAGAACAGCCUGCUGAGUGCCCAGCUGAAGGGCUUCCCCCUCUUCCUCCACUCCAACCUGGCACUGAAGGACUGCAGCAUCAACCCCAAGUCGCCUCUGCUCUAUAUCACGCGUCCCAGCGAGGUGGAGAAGGGAGUGCUCCCCGGGGAGGACUGGACCGUCUUCCAGUCCAACCACUCCACCUACGAGCCGGUCCUCCUGGCCAAGACCAGGUCGGCCGAGUCCAUCCCGCACAUGAGCGUGGACGCGGCGCUGCACACCACCGUGAUGCAGGACCUGGGCCUCCACGAUGGCAUCCAGAGGGUGCUUUUUGGCAACAACCUCAACUUCUGGCUGCACAAGCUGGUCUUUGUGGACUCCGUCUCUUUCCUGACGGGCAAGAGGCUCUCCCUGCCCCUCGACCGCUACAUCCUGGUGGACAUUGAUGACAUCUUCGUGGGCAAGGAGGGCACGCGCAUGAAGGUGGAGGAUGUCAAGGCGCUGUUUGACACGCAGAACGAGCUGCGCACCCACAUCCCGAACUUCACCUUCAACCUGGGAUACUCAGGGAAAUUCUUCCACACGGGUACUGAUGCCGAGGAUGAAGGUGACGACCUGCUGCUCUCCUACGUGAGGGAGUUCUGGUGGUUCCCCCACAUGUGGAGCCACAUGCAGCCUCACCUCUUCCACAACCAGUCGGUUCUAGCUGAGCAGAUGACCUUAAACAAGAAAUUCGCUGUCGAGCAUGGCAUCCCCACUGACAUGGGGUAUGCUGUGGCCCCCCACCACUCAGGUGUGUACCCCGUCCAUGUGCAGCUCUAUGAAGCUUGGAAACAGGUUUGGUCCAUCAAAGUGACGAGCACAGAGGAGUACCCACACCUGAAACCCGCUCGCUACCGCCGGGGCUUCAUCCACAACGGCAUCAUGGUACUCCCCCGGCAAACCUGCGGCCUCUUCACACACACCAUCUUCUACAACGAGUACCCCGGGGGCUCCAGUGAGCUGGACAAAAUCAUCAAUGGGGGUGAACUGUUCCUGACCGUGCUCCUCAACCCUAUCAGCAUUUUCAUGACCCAUCUGUCCAACUAUGGCAACGACCGCCUGGGCUUGUACACCUUCAAGCACCUGGUCCGCUUCCUGAACUCCUGGACCAACUUGAAGCUCCAGACGUUGCCACCCGUGCAGCUGGCACAGAAAUACUUCCAGAUCUUCUCCGAGGAGAAGGACCCACUGUGGCAGGAUCCCUGUGAAGACAAACGGCACAAAGACAUUUGGUCCAAAGAAAAGACUUGUGACCGAUUCCCAAAGCUUCUCAUCAUCGGGCCUCAAAAAACAGGAACAACUGCCCUUUAUCUAUUCUUGGGGAUGCACCCAGACCUGAGCAGCAACUACCCUAGCUCGGAGACCUUUGAGGAGAUACAGUUCUUCAACGGACACAACUACCACAAGGGCAUCGACUGGUACAUGGAGUUCUUCCCCAUCCCCUCCAACACCACCUCCGACUUCUACUUUGAGAAAAGUGCCAACUACUUUGACUCAGAAGUGGCUCCCAGGCGAGCGGGGGCCCUGCUCUCCAAGGCCAAAGUCAUCACCAUCCUCAUCAACCCUGCAGAUCGAGCCUACUCCUGGUACCAGCACCAGCGAGCUCACGACGACCCGGUUGCCCUGAAAUACACCUUCCACGAGGUGAUCACGGCUGGACCUGAGGCUGCUGCCAAGCUGCGGGCCCUGCAGAGCCGCUGCCUGGUGCCAGGCUGGUAUGCCACCCACAUCGAGCGCUGGCUCAACAGCUACCAUGCCAACCAGAUCCUGGUCCUGGAUGGCAAGCUGCUCCGAACGGAACCCGCCAAAGUGAUGGAGACGGUCCAGAAAUUCCUCGGCCUGACCAACUUUGUCGAUUAUCACAAGACCCUGGCGUUCGAUCCAAAGAAAGGAUUCUGGUGUCAGCUUCUGGAUGGAGGGAAAACGAAAUGCUUGGGAAAGAGCAAAGGGAGGAAGUACCCAGAGAUGGAUUCAGAUUCACGCGCCUUCCUGCGGGACUAUUACAGGGACCACAACAUCGAGCUCUCCAAGCUGCUGUACAAAAUGGGGCAGACGCUGCCCACCUGGCUGCGGGAGGAGCUGCAGAGCACCAGGUAGCUGCCCACCCGGCAGUGCCCACCCAGCAAUACCCCAGCGGGGCCUCCCCCCUGGGCCCGGCAGCCCUCCGCAGCAAUACCGGGCGCCCGCCGCCUCGUGGGGCCCCGGGACGGGACGGGGGCUGUGCUGGAGCAGCCGCCUCUCCACCUGCCCCACACUCUUGUCUGUUUUACUUUUCCUUUUUAUUUGCUGGGCCUGUGGGUGAGGUCCCGCCCCGCUCUGACUUGGGGAAGCGGCACAAAUUCCCCCUUUCUCUGCUCAAAAUGGGCUCCAGCGCCCCUGGGCCUGAGGGCAGUGGCAGAGCUGCAGUCAGCUCCUGGUCUGGGGACGAGGUGCUGCUCUGGGCACAUUGGAGGCGACUUUGUUGAGCUGAAGCAGAGGAACAGAGCUGGUGGAGACCCAAAGCAUGGAGGGACCCAGACUCACUCCUGCCAUCAGCCCGUGGCAGGAGACAGGAGAUCUGGUUGGAUCCCCCCAACACCUACUUGGUAAAGCUGCAAACAAGGUGGAUAUUUGUUUCAAGGACUGGGACAGGAUUUCUUUUGUCAUCUCCGUUCUUUUUUCAAGCUCCUCAGCCUCUUGCCCUCACCCCGUGGGCAGCACGGUGGGACUGCAGCCGAGCAGGAGAAGAGCCCGGCGUGCUGGCCCCAGCGUGUGUGCUGGCCCUGGCACACUCCCAGCCCCCCGGGCCCACCCUGCAAUCUCAUCCCUGCGUGGUGUUUCCUGUGGUAAAGCCGAGCGGUGCCCGGGGCCGGGGCAGCCGUCGGGGCAUCGGCAGUGGGAAGGAUGCUGAGAACUUCAAACCUCUUGAAUAUUAAAAGCUGAAAGUAUUUUAAUAAUGUUGGGGAGGGGCUGGGGGGAGCGGGAGGGGGGAGGGCUGGUUUGGUUCCCGUUUUGCAGGGGAUUGUUUUUCUUCGGUGCCAGAAUUUGUACCUAAAGCCCGAGGGUUUCACGUGUCUGUGGUUGUUGCACGUGACGUGGACAGAGAUCAGUGGGGAAGCAGGGGCUGUUCCCCAGCUGAGACGUGUCUUUGUACUGGUGGGGCCUCUGCCACCGUGUCCCCUGCAAUGUGCUGCUGGGGCUGGUGAGUUAGACUGAGCCAGCACUGAGUCACUGGGGGCAAGGCUCACAUUUGCCCUUGCAUGGAGCUGCUCCGCAGAGAGCUGGUACCCGGGAUGCAGCCCUCUGCUCUGCAGCAGGGCUGAGGCCGGAGUGAGCACACUGCAUUUUGCCCUGGGUGCUGGAGAGGCCCCUUAAAAUGACCAUGUUUUGCAGGAGAGCCUGCGUGGGGGCUGCACAUCCCUUUGCCUCUCCGUGGGGUGGCAGGGGGAGAUGCUCCUGGGUGCUGGUAUAAGGUCCUGUUGAACCGACUGCUAAUAAAUCGGGGAGG